GAGCAGAAGAACGGCCCCGAUUGCGGGAGAAAUCGUUAAGCUGCAUUUAACGGGAAAACAAAAGAGUGACGGGCUCUGGGGAAAGCGAAUUGUCAGCGCGGAUAUUUGGAGGAAACGCCUGACAUCUGUUUUUUCCCCAUCUCUCUUAUUCAAGAGUUUAUCCAAGAACUUGCAGUGGAGAGGUAAAGAUUUUUCCCCCCAUUUGCAGGUCAGAAAGAAGCCAAUCAAAUUCAGCAAAGUUUUGAAGAAGAAUCGUGCAUUUUAUCUCUCUUUUUUCAGCUUUUCGUUUUGUCAGGAUGACUGACAAGAAGAUAGGAAGUCCAGGGAUGACCAUCUUCAGGCCAUGUCGAGUGGUCGCUGCAGUUGCUUUGAUUUUGAUUAUACUUGGGGGUUUGGGAGCCGCCAUCUGGGCCCUCGUCACAUAUCUUAGAACAACAGAAGAUACAGGAUUAUUUGAUGUACAGGUAAAUGCAGCAGAUCAGAGGCUUCGAGUGUUUGACUCCACCCAGUGGAGGUGGAGACAUGUCUGUUCAUCCAGCGCCAACCAGCUCAUCGCCAAUAUCAGCUGUGAGGAAAUGGGCUUUGUCAGAGCAGUAAAUUUCUCAGUGACCUGUGCUCCUGAUAAUGGCGGUGACCAGGAUUUUUUCUGUGUGAAAGAGAGUGAAUUAACAUAUGGGAAAAAGAUUAAAACAGCCCUCUAUCCUUGUAAAUGUGACAAAGGUCAGAUUCUUGAGGUCAUUUGUCAAGACUGUGGUCGUCGCAUGCUGCCUGAAGAACGGAUUGUUGGGGGAGAAGAUGCUCGACAGGGUUCGUGGCCAUGGCAGGUCAGCUUACAGUAUGACGGAGUUCACCAGUGUGGUGGAUCCAUCAUUUCAGACCGCUGGAUUGUCAGUGCAGCUCACUGCUUUCCUGAGAGGUAUCGCCAUGUGUCACGCUGGCGGGUUCUAAUGGGCUCUAUCUAUAACACCCCCAUCCGUAAGAACGUUGUGAUUGCUGAGGUGAAGACAGUUGUUUACCACAGCAGCUACCUGCCCUUUGUUGACGCCAACAUUGAUGACAACAGUCGUGAUAUUGCAGUCCUUGCACUGACAAAACCUCUGCCGUUCACGGAUUAUAUUCAACCAGUGUGUCUGCCGACAUAUGGCCAGCGGUUGGCGGAUGGGCAGAUGGGUACAGUAACUGGCUGGGGUAACGUGGAGUAUUAUGGCACUCAAGCCAAUGUCCUCCAGGAAGCUAAUGUGCCCAUCAUCAGUGAGGCUGUGUGUAAUGGCCCUGAUUACUAUGACAACCAGGUCACAACCACCAUGUUCUGUGCUGGCUAUGAGAAGGGAGGAACCGAUUCCUGCCAGGGAGACAGUGGUGGUCCUUUUGUUGCAGCAGAUGUCCUCUCUAAGACCAGUCGCUAUCGUUUGCUUGGGGUGGUGAGCUGGGGCACAGGAUGCGCCAUGGCCAAGAAGCCUGGCGUCUACACACGUGUGUCACGUUUUCUACCCUGGAUAUCUACAGCCAUGAGGAUGUAUGAGAAUUCCCCAGGAGUGCACAAAAUGGCCCGGGCCGUUACGCCGUAGCCAUUCAGAGUGGAGAAAUGUUUUAUAUCAGACUGAAAUAUUCCACGUUGAGGUCAGGUUUGUUGCGUCAGACGUCUUUUGUUGAUCAGACGAAAAUCAGCUGUUCUGUGUUGAUCAGCCUGUCUCAUGGACAACUGCUGAAUAUCUUUCACAUUAUCUGACUCAAGAAGGCCAAGAACAAUUGUCAAUGCUGUACUAUGGGUUCAAAAUGUUUGUGGACACCUCUUGAUUUCUUUGAAAAUCGGUCACCAAAAGAUCAAUCUAAUCACCAAGUCAAAUGUGCAAUGUUGGCUCGACCUCAAAAGCAACCUAUACAUAGCUUAUAAAAGUGUAUGUCUACAAAAGGUAUAGAUAUUUUAUAUUACACUAUAUAUUUAAAUAUACAGUAAAUACAAGGAUAUUUUAUAUCCUACUUUAUUUCAGGUUUGUACAGAGUGUAGGUUAACAAGAAAAACAAUUAAGGUCAUAAGUUAGAUUGCAAAAAAUUGCAAAAUGCAAGUAACAGUUGCAGAAAUGUUUUAGGGAUUCGAUCAUAUGUUUAUUAAUGCAUUUACAACAAUGCAUUUUUUACAAAUCUCAUAAUUAAAGUAAUAAAAGGCUGUACAAACAAAUAUAGUUUUUUUGUAAACAGCACAAUCAUUAAUAUGACAAAGACUCACAUCUAAAAUUUCUGACAUACAGUAUUUAUCAAAAUUGUGUUUACUAGUUGUUACACAGGUGCUGUAUGCUACAUAAACAACAACAACAACAACAAAAAACAUCAUAAAGUAAAUACAGUAAUUCAAAUCUUAUUUGUACAGUAGUAUUUUAUUUCUCAUGACUUCAUACAUAAACAGAAUAGCAUGAAUAAUACAGGUUUCUGUGACAUGUGCCAUGAUUAAACAUGUACAAGUAAAUAUAAGUUUUACUCAUUUAAAUUCUUUUAAUAUGGCCAAAACAUAUUUGAAAAUGUUUAAUAAAGUUACACCUUUUUAACAUGUAUUUUUAUUUUAUUUUUACUUAUUUUCUUAUGUUUUCUCAAAGGAUAAGAUGGGCAUUGAUAUGUCUGGAUAACAAGCACUAAUGUAAAGAUACAAACCUAAGGCUGGUUUAAAAAGUAGUAUGGAUAAGCUCACUAAGUAUUUCUGUGGCAGCCAGUAUUGUAUUGUUGUCAUUGUUGUAAAUACAAAUAGCUUCUUUAUUAUGCAAUGCACUGUGUAAUUCAAAUUGAUGUCUAAUUUUAUUUUAAAUUGCUAUAUUGUCAUCCAUAUUUUUUGCUAUAUGUAGCUUUGAUAUUUUUCAGUAAAUUGAUUGCUCUUCAGGCGUAACGAAUAAACACAGCACAAUCAAACUUUUUCACUUUUAGUCUAUAUAUAUAUAAGUUUGAUUGCUUCUGUGUUUAUUUGUUACGCUUGAAGGGCAAUCAAAUUACUGAAAAAUGUCAAAGUAUAUAUAUAUAUAUAUAUAUAUAUAUACAUAUAAUGCAUUUUUUGAAAAAAAUUCAUAUUUUUGUACAAUACAGAAAUUCUGACCUUUGACAAAUAAAGUAAACUGAAUGUUUUACUAUUAAAUGCUGAAAUAAAGACAUACACAUCUGGGAUGGCAUGAGGGGGUCAGUAACUGAUGAGAGAAUUUUCAUUUUUGGGUGAACUAUCCCUUUAAUGAGCACACAAUUUUUCAUAGUAAUGGCCUGUUACUAUGCCAUUAUUACCUUGGUUAAUGACGGUAUUGUGUGAGCCACGUAAAACUGUGCAUUCUUUCAUAUUUUAAGAAACAGAAGCCUAGUCAAAUAAAAUGGCAAUAUGAUUGGCCAACUGUCUUUUUACAUGGAUAUAUCAGAUUAUAAUCCACUUUGUAAAAAAAAAAAAAAAAAAAAAAAAAAUAAAAAAUUCAUGUAUCUUAAAAAAUAUAAUAAUAAUAAUAAUAAUAAUAAUAAUAAUAAUAAUAAUAAUAAUGGUAGCUGUAGUUGCCCAAAAUGCACUGUAAAAAAACAGUCACAAUAUUUCAGCCAUAAUUUGAUGCCUGUAUAUUUUAUAGUUCAACUGGAGCCUAAAUAUCAUUAACCAGUAAAAUGUUAAAAUGCCAACUUAAACUGCUUUGUAAAUAUACUGCUACACCUCAUAAUAAUACAGGUGUUAUAACAGAAGGCCACUUGAUGACUUAAAGUUUCAUUUCCUUAAAACAUGGCUAAUCAUUAUUAGCUACAGAUUAGAGCUCAGUGUUACAAAGAUAAAACACCAUCAGGUUAACACACAACACUAAAAUUAUGCGAAAUACUUUAAUUAAACUUAAAAUGUAACAUAAAACACAUGUCCAUAUAUGACUGAAAACAAAAUAAGAAACAAUGUGACUAUUUACAUGCAAUAUAAUCAAAUGUGAUGUGUCACACAGGGACUUCUGGGAACAUCCAUUUUUCCCAGUAUUUCACCAUAAACUACAAUGUGUAAUGUAGCAUGAAUUGUGUUGUUAAAUCUAGUAUCAUUUUAAACAGUACUGCCCUCCAAAGUCAAAACACAUUAACUGAGCCAACACUGUAACAACUGAAAGAAAAAUCGCUUUAAAUGUUUUGACUGACCAGCCAAAUAUGCAUUAUAAAUUAUUAUCUGGAGAAAGAAAAAAGAAGCCUA